CAGGGAUGACAAUUUUUAAAUAUAGUAUCAAAAAUGGAUAAAAAGACACUUGAGCUCACCAUGUUGGAGAAGGGUGACAAAAUUGACCACAAGAACCUCCUGGAGUGUGUAGACUAUCAUAUUAAAGAAGCCUUGAAGCAAGGGAAUGACUUUAGUAUUGUUAGUUCCUGCUUCACCAUGAUAUGAAACUUAGUAUUUGAGAACUGCUUUCAGAAGAAGUCUUUGGAGCUCUCGAAAGUUCAUCGAUUAGUGCUCCAUCAAACCAAAAAUCAGAAAAUGUUCAAAAAGGCUUUAGAAAAUCCUUUUGUCAAAGAAAUAUCUGAGUGUAUCUUUGUGUUUAAUUCUGCUAAUACUUUCAAAAGGCAUUUGUCGGUGAGGAAGAUUAAUAACUAUCUCCCACGUGUCACUACAAGCUUAAGAAUAGAUCAUCUCAACAUUUCUUCAAGCCAGUUGAGGAAGAUCCUCCAAGUUGGAAGGCAUAUUAAAGAUAUUGUCUUUGGUCUUUGAAAAAUAAAAUUUACGUCAUUCGAGUUAAGUAACUCUCUUCACUACUCCACCACCUCUCUUGCGAUACUCCCUGUACGCGAUCCAAUCAUAGAGUUCUGGAGAAGGAAUUUAGCCAACGUUCACCUACUUCUAAAAGCCAUAUCAGAAACCAAUAUGAAGAUAUCCUUGAAGGAAUUCCAGCUUGGUGUUCCUGAUGCCAAAGAAAAAACAGAGAAAUAUGUUAAAGAUCUCGAAAUGGGUGAUUUAAAAUUGAUUUUUCAUAAUUAG